GGGGGGAGGAGAGGAAGUGGAGAGACGAAAAAAAGAAGAAGGAGGAGAACAGGAAGAUCGAGCAGCCGUGAACAAAUCAGGGAUUUUUCUGAAUAUUUCCACCUGCGAUCAUCCUGCAGCCCCAUUGCAGCAUGGCCGAGGGCUCUGUGUCUGCCGCCGAGGUGGCGAUGUCCUUCCAGAAGUUUGCCGUCCAUGGUGACACCAAGGCGGCGGGGAAGGAGAUGCACGGCAAGAACUUCGCGAAGAUGUGCAAGGAUUGCAACAUCAUCGACGGAAAGAAUGUCACCACCACAGACGUCGACAUUGUCUUCAGCAAAGUCAAGUCUAAAUCAGCUCGCGUAAUCACAUUAGAGCAGUUCAACUUGGCCCUGACUGAGCUGGCCCCCAAGCGUUUUAAAGGAACCAGCAAGGAGGAGGCGCUGCAGCUAAUUUACGGCCUGAUUGCUGGCAAGGAGCCUGCCAAUGCCGGAAUCACUAGAGCGGCAAAGGUGGCGGCUGUGGACAGACUGACCGACACCACCAAGUACACGGGAACACACAAGGAGAGAUUCGAUGACUCGGGGAAAGGGAAGGGAAAGGUCGGCCGUCAGGACACUCCUGACACUAGCGGCUAUGUCGCAGCUUACAAGGGCAGCGGCACUUAUGAAGAAAAGGUGAAGGAUUCACAAUCCUGAAGAUUUACAGAACGAUAUCAAAAUAAUGUGACUUUGGUCUCACUAUAUUUUAGAAUGACAUAUGCAUCUCUUGCAUUAGUGAACAGAGAAAAUGCGCUUUGCUUUGUGCCUUAUUAUAGGAAUGUUUAAAAGCAUAUUGUUCCUACUUACCCUGUGAUUUAGUUUUUACAAUGAAGGAAAUAAAUGCAUAAAAAUAGUGUAUCAAAACUUAAAAGGUGUCUUGGAAAUUGUACUUGAAUCCAAACAAAUUUUAAAUAUU